CUCCUACCACAUUGAGAAGGUCGUUAUCCUUCGCGUGCUCCGUCGCAAUCCAGGAACCGGGCUGAACACGAGAUGCUAAGCAACUAUAAAAUAUGGCCAAGUCCUUGCCUACAUGGAAGCUCCAUCUUGAGCUCUUUGAUCUCCAGCUUCAGGACCAGGCCAUCAGCACCAAUUCAGAGCCAUGAAGGUCGCAGUAGCUACUCUCGCUGCCGUUGGCGCGACCGUCGUCAAUUGCGCAGCCAUUGAGCCUCGCGGCAACAAGCUUGUCACCUCGGAAGGUCUGCGCAAGCUGAUCAAACUCAAGGCUCUGCAGGAGAAAGCGCACCUCUUCGAGCGCUUUGCAUACGACUCACCCGACAAGAACCGCGUCAUCGGUAGCGAGGGACACCAAGCGACCAUUGACUACAUCACAAAAACCAUCAAGAAGUACUCAAAGUACUACGAUGUGUAUCAACAGCCCAUGCCGUUGUCUAUUGGCCUGUCCGCAAAUUUGACUGUCAAUGAGAAAGAGGUUACCGUAGAUGCAGUGGGACUUGCUCCUGGUGGCAGUGCGUCGGGGCCUGUCGUUGCGAUUCCCAACUUGGGAUGCGAGGAGGCCGAUUUUCCGGCUGAUCUGAGUGGCUCAAUUGCACUUAUUUCCCGAGGCACUUGUGUUUCUGGCGAGAAAGUUGCCUUUGCUGCGUCCAAGGGCGCCAUUGGUGUUUUAAUCUACAACAACGUAGAUGGAAACCUUGCCGGCUAUUCGCUUCAGCGUUUCCCUGAGUCAGACGGUGAAUACGUACCCACUGGAGGCAUCACUCAAGCCGCCGGAGAAGGCUUUGUCUCGCUGCUUGCUUCUGGUGGCAGUGUCACUGCAGAGCUCACUACGAGCUCCAAAGACGUCAUUACCUACAACAUCAUUGCUCAGACCAAAGGUGGUGACCAGGAUAACGUAAUUCACGUCUCGGGCCACUCUGAUUCUGUUGCUCAAGGGCCUGGCAUCAACGACAACGGCUCAGGCUCCAUUUCGAUCCUUGAGACCGCAAUCCAGCUUACCCAGUUUUCUGUCAAGAACGCUGUGCGCUUUAGCUGGUGGACUGCCGAAGAAGCGGGCCUCCUCGGUGCGGAGUUUUACGUCAAGUCUCUCAACCAGACCGAGAAGGACAAGAUUCGUCUACUCCUUGACUUUGACAUGAUGGCCUCGCCCAAUUACGCUUACCAAAUCUAUGAUGGCGAUGGUUCAGCUUUCAACCUUACUGGCCCUGCCGGCUCUGCUGAGGCUGAGGCUGAGUUCGCGUACUAUUUCGAUAAGAUCGCUAAGGUGAAUCACACCGAGAUCGAGUUUGAUGGACGCUCUGAUUACGGCCCAUUCCUUGAUGCCGGUAUCGCUGCUGGUGGAAUCGCCUGCGGAGCCGAGGGAAUCAAGACCCAGGAGGAGUUCGAAAUGUUCGGCGGCGCUGCAGGCGUUCCCUACGACGUUAACUACCAUGAGGACGGGGAUACCUACAACAACCUGAACUUCGACGCCUUCAUCGUAAUGGCAAAGGCCAUUGCGCACUCUACGGCAACAUACGCGCGCAGCUUUGACAGCCUUCCCCCCAAGAACACCACCGCUAUCAAGGCGCGGAGUGACGCCAAUCAAUUCAAGUACAAGAAGAGCGCGAGGUAUCUUAGCAUGAUUUAG